UAACAGACGAAGAAGAACUAUACAGAAAACUAUUCAUGCUAGCUGGGUACGAGCAGGAAAUCUUAAUUGUAUUUGUUUUCAAAUUUAGGCUUCAGAAAUCUUAAAAAUAGAGCGACAGUGUUCUGUAUGAAGACGAAAAGAGACGGAUAUCAGCAGCUUUAUAUUUUGACAGUAAUUUACUGGAAUAGGUUCAGAUUUACUAGAUAGCAUCCUUUCUGUCGGGACGACACCAACACACCGUUUUCAACAUUACGUCCCAAGGCCAAGGUGAGCUCCUCCGAGUCUUCAUGGCUUCAUCAGAGGUAAACAUGCAGGAAAUGAAUGAGGUUGUGAUCGUCACCAUACCGGAGUCGGGGAGCGAGGACCUCCCCUCUGUGGCAGAGGAGGAUAAAGCAGUGCUGGUGACUGCAGAGUUGACCCCUCAGACCGGGGAGAAUGUCCUCACAGUAGCACCAAUGGAAGCAGAGGCCAUCAGAGCAGAUUCACUGGCAAAGGAAGACGCAGUCAUUGUGAAAUUAAGUGAAGAGGUGGAUGUGGAAGCUGACGUGUUCUACCCAAUCACAUGUGGAGACGUCAAAGCCACUCUGAUCUGGAAGAAAUUCGUCUGCCCUGGGAUAAAUGUGAAAUGUGUCCAGUUCAAUGAGCAGCUCAUCAGCCCAAAGGAGUUUGUGUGUUUAGCAGGGAAAUCCACUCUGAAGGACUGGAAGAGAGCUAUCCGACUCAAUGGCACCAUGCUCAGGAAGAUCAUGGACUCUGGUGAACUGGACUUCUAUCACCACACAAAGGUCUGCUCCAACACCUGCCGCAGUACUAAAAUAGACCUGGUGGGAACUAAAGUGUCCAUCAGCACUGAUUCAUCAGACGAUGUGAUUCCUGCCACGCCUUCAUCAGCUGAUUUGAAUGGAGCUGCAGCAUCUUUUCCAGAGGUGAUGGAGGAAGCUUCAGGCUGGGUCACAGCCAUUGGAGAGGACUCCAUUGCGUUCUGGCGUGCGGUGAAGGAGGCAGGGCUGCUGGAAGAGGUGGUAGAGGACUUCCAGAAUGAGCUGCAGGAGGUGCUGAAGGGGCUGCAGGAGAGAGUGUGUGACCCACCGCUGCAGGUCAAAGAUGCUGUUUUACUCAACAACAUAGUGCAGAACUUUGGAAUGCUGGACCUUGUGAAAAAGGUUCUGGCAAGUCACAAGAGCCAGAUGGACCGUUACAGAGAGCAGUACACUCGCAGCUUAGCCGCCCUGGAGCAGCAGUGUGAUGAGCACAGGAAGCGAGCCAAGGAGCUGAAGAGCAAAUCGCAGCACCUCAACAACGUCCUGAUGACCCUCACGCCGGUGCCUGCGCCUCCCGGGCCCAAGCGUCCCCGGCUGACGCGUGCUGUCUCCGGUCCUGCCUCAGUCAAUGCUGCACCCACCCAGAUCACCCUGCCUCUUAGCCAGCUGACCAGCCUCCCACUGGGGAAGGUGCUGACCGUGGCAGGAGCCCAGCCCAGCACCAAUGUUGGCGCGUACACCCUCCUGACCUCCUCGCUCUCUGGGUCAGAGCUUUCAGCUGAUGGCUCUAACUUGACAGUUUUGUCCACCGCUGCCGGUCAGGAAGGGGCAGCUGGGGCCAGCAGCCAAGCAGCCUCCGGGGCCUUUGUUAAGUUGGUGGGACCUCAGUUCCAGCUGGUGACGCUGCAGGGUCUGGCCACCACACAGGGCGCCGCUGUCCAACAGCAGGUUGGCACCAUCAGUGUUGUCGACGCCUUGGCAGCCACUGCCGACGAUUCCGAGGAGGCAAACCAGCUAGAUGAUGAUGAUAAAGGUCAGCCAGAGCAGGUUAAAGAGGAAGACGGGAACCAGCAGCAGUGAAAUACAGCCUGGCUGUUUGCUCCCUCGGCUGGCUUCUGAUUGGUUUCAGUUUGGAGUGGACUGAAGGUGGAGGUGAAGGCCUAUGAACCCUUUGACUUUUCCACACCAUUUCAUGCAUUUCAAGACAUCCAUAGAUCUCCAUUAGAAACUGAACAGGUGUUGUGACUGUAUAUUUCAUCUGUAAUAAAAUAUGUAUCACGUCUGUCUGUUUAUUCCACACAGGAAGAUUGUUUAGUUUGAUAAUAAAUGCUUGUUUUUUUUAAAGAAAAGUUCAGGACUUGAGGAUUUUUGUAAAACGUAUUUUUAUAAAAAAGAGUGAAGGGAUUUUUGAAUUGUCCCGACCUUGGACGACUGUUUGCUGUGAUGUUACUGGCUUCAUAGAUUCUAAAUUCACUUGGAUUAUAAAACACUGUUAAUGUACUGGGUCUUAUGUCGUUCUUUUCUAUUCUACUUGAAAACUCAAAGCACUUUGUACAACAUGCUUUAUGCUUUUCUGUCUAACAUUCAUCCUCUGACACAUGCAUCCGAUAGCAUGUUGGGAUUUAGCUCCACCAACCUUCCAGUAGAUGACCUGCUCCACCUCCUGUUCUUGGGAUGCUUUGGGACACUGGGUGUGGUCAGGAGAACACUUUAAAAUGGGGUAAAAAAACAUUUAUGUGAAGCUUAACCAGUACAUGACUUAUGCUGGCUGGAGUAUGUAUCAUGAACUCAGCAUUAAAAUGUAAAUUACAAAAAAAUUGUGUUAUUUAUACUUCACAUUGAGGAAAGCAAAUGUGCAGGUAUUUAAUUGAUUGUUACUCUUGUUGCAUUAAAGUUUUGUGACCCUACUUUGCAUUAAAAGCUUUAUUCUCCCCCAGAA